GAGACACGAAAAGUGCAAGCGUGGAAUUUCUCAGGCUUUUGUCUGCUCCUCUCCUCUUGAGUUUCGUGAUUUAGCCACGCGGCGGCGACUGCUGUUGGUCAUCGUUAUUAUAUUUACAAACUGCAGGAGGUGCACGUGAAUUUGUGUGGUUAAUAAGGAAGAAAGGAUGCAGUUAACAGAGACGAGUAAUGCUAAAUCAUUCGACGUGAAGUUGGCGAAGCAGAUAUUAAUAAGGGAAAAUAAAUAUAUAACAGAUUUGUUCUCUCGUAUGCCUAUACCAUUCUCUGCCCUGCACAAAAACGAUGAAUUCCAAGACGAUGAUGUCAACCACGAGCAACAAACUAAUGACAGAGAAGAGAAAUUUUCGGCUCUGGGAUCAGGCACGUCGAGAGCAAAUACCUUGAUGGAGCUGCAUGAAAAAUUAGAACAGAUGAAGGGAAAGCGAUUAGAUUAUAAAGCAAAACUUUUGAAAAAGGGGCUGAAAAAUAGGCUGAAGAAAAAGAGUAAAAAAGAAGAGAGAUUAAUGCAGAAAAAACUGGCCAAGACAGAGUUAGCUGCGGCUGGGGGCGCUAAAGUGAAGCACGAGAACGGAGAUGUGCCCAAGUUUACAAGACCGAAACCAAUUUUUAAUUCAGAAGGUAAGAUGGUCUUCAGUAAGUUUGAUUUCUCGGAAAUUGGUGCUAAAAAAGUACAGCCCAAAGUAGAGAAGGAUCCAAAAAAAAUUCUGCAAAAUUUGGAAAAGCAGAAGAUGAAAAUAAAUGAGCUACAGCAAGCUGGAAAAAAUGAUGCGGCCGAAGAGCUUCAGGAAAGACAAGCUUGGAAAACUGUUCUAGCCAAGGCUAGUGGGGAAAAAGUAAAGGAUAAUCCAGAGUUGUUGAAAAAAUCAGUUAAGAAAGAAGAGCAAAAAAGGAAACAGAGCGCUAAAAAGUGGGAGGAUCGAAAAGAAAAGGUUCAGAAAACGCUUGAGGAGAAACAACAAAAAAGACAAGAAAACAUUAAUAAACGGAAAAAGGAAAACAAGAUCAACAACCUGAAGAGGGCUUCUAAGAAGGGUCGAAUCAUACCUGGAUUUUGAGUAGCUUUCUUUUAAUCAUCAACUUAGGAUAAGAAUUGCCACUUUAUGUAA